AUGGCACUUGUUCGUCAACCACUUCGACCGCUGGUCUGCGGAACUAUUGCCCGAUCCUCCACUAUAGCGUAUCGAAACUUUGCCUCGACAAGCUGGGCAGGCCACUCAGCUCGAGUGGACAACAAACCUCGAGAUGACUCUGUCUCCCAGCGAUCAUUCCAUCAGAGUAGGGCGGAGUUAGAUAACGCAUCCACGGCCCUAAAGCCCGAAGUCAGGAAACGAGAGGCUGAGAGGACAGUCGUCGGGGAGGAGACUCAGGGUUCAGAGGGUCCGCAUUAUAAAGAUCAGGUCAUGCCUAUAGCCAACGCAAGCCCUUUGACAUCUCAGGGCUCUUGGACAAUGAUGAACCCAAUAUAUACUGACGAGGAACUCAACGUUGUCAAGAUAGUCAAUCGCCCACCUACGACAUUCAGCGAUAGGUUUGUUCAGCGGCUGGUUAAGUUUUUGAAACGUGGCUUCGACUUUGCAACGGGAUACAAGUCCAUCCCGAUCGAUGAUGCUACACUGGCUCUUCGUCCGCUGCCCGUUGAACAAUUGCGAGCGAAAGGACAGCUCUUGUCGGACAAGAAUUGGUUAUUGCGGAUCAUCCUUUUGGAAAGCAUUGCCGGUGUUCCGGGUAUGGUUGGCGGUACGCUCAGACACUUGAGAAGUCUUCGGCUGCUCCGACGGGACGGAGGAUGGAUCCAUACGCUCCUUGAAGAAGCUGAGAAUGAACGGAUGCACCUUCUCACGUUCAUGACCAUCGCUCAACCUUCCUGGUUUGUUCGAGCUCUGGUACUGGGUGCCCAAGGAGUCUUUUACAACGCGUUCUUCCUCACGUAUCUCGUUUCGCCCCGGACCGCUCAUCGCUUUGUGGGUUAUCUUGAAGAGGAGGCCGUCCGAACAUACACCCACUGUAUCUCUGACAUCGAGAAGGGUCUGGUACCAGAAUGGGAAAAUGUACCAGCUCCAAGAAUCGCUAUCGACUACUGGCGCCUGCCUGAAGACGCGAAAUUGCUCGACGUCAUCAAAGCUGUCCGAGCGGAUGAAGCAACUCACCGUUUUGUCAACCACAGCUUGUCCGACCUGGAUCAGAAGCGGGACUUCAACCCUUUUGCUUUAGGUGAGGCGGAUGCAAUUACCCGAGGCACGACGUUUGGCUUCACUCGCGAGCAAUCAGCACAAUUCGUCAAGGAGCAGCAGCAGAAGCUGCAGAAUCAGGCCAAGAGAUUGUAG